AUGGCGGAAUCAACGAGCAAAAGGCAAAUGAAUUUCGUGGUUCUCGAGAAUUUCGGUAUGAUUUUUGUUAUUUAUUAUAUUAAAAAUCAAUUAAUCUCUUAAUCUCGUUAUUUUUAGUUGAAUAUUGGCUGGAUUCAAUCUAUAAUCUUCCCGUAUACGAUGGGCUCGCGCUUCGGCCAGAUAUUAAGGAGAGAGACGCAAUUAUUAACACGCUGUUGGCACGUAUAAUACAAUUUUGCUUCUUUUUGACAAUGUUUUCUACUUAACGGUCUUCUUAUUUCAGGGAAUAUCUCGACACACAAUGUUCAUCACAAUGAAGACUUUGAAUAGAAAUAGAUUCUAUUUGAAUAUUACAAAAGCCGGCUUUGAGCUCUGGGAUUCUAAAGAAGAAUCAGGUGCCGUUUGUCAUUUGCCUCGAAUCGCAGUAGAAAGAAAUGCUCACGCUCUAAACUACGACAUUUUACGAGUUGAAGACUUGGAUCAUGAACGAGCUGAGCUUAUUCUGCCUUAUGCUAAAGGCAAGUAAUAUCAGGUGUAGUAUAAUACGUUUUUAUAAGUCAUUUUUAGGUGUAAAGACCUUGAGAAUUGUAAACAAAGAGAGGAAAUGUGAUGCGGCAAUGAGGCUGGUGAGACAGAAUGCAAAGAGCUUGAAGAUUUUGACUUGUCCGGUGGUGGUGAUGGAGAAUAUCGAAGAUGAUCUCCUAGAUCUCGAGGAAUUGGUUGUCCAGCCUCCCAUUGGCAUUUUUAGUGAGUUUGCAACUUUUUCAUUGUUUUUCGAAGUUUAGGUAACAAUUCCAAUGAUAUUUUUCGCGCAAGAACAUUAAAGUUUUUUGAAAGAAAUUAGGGAAGUUGACUUUAUUUGAGGUAGUUUUUUAUUAACUUGUAUAUAAUUUUUUAAGUUAUUUCUUUUUUUUGAUAAGCGUUUGGUGUCACAGGCUGCCGAAUGAAAUCUGGUUAAGUAAUCUUUUGACUGCUUUCAGCGUUUGAGUCGGUCUUCACCAAGAAAACGAAGAGAUUGAGCAUCCUUGGCUUUGCUAGUUCCACAUUUUUAUUCAUCAAAAACGGCUUCGAGAAGGCCUCCCACUCCUUCCCAUCAAUUCAAGAGCUCAGUCUGGAGCUAUACUCCUCCCAUUUGUACGCUGAUCCGACGUACAGUGUCCAUCGGAUGCUAAAUUCACUUCCGAACUUGAGGAAAGUCACGUUUUGGUUGGUGAAUGUUGGAAAAGGCCCCCGCAACGUGGAACCCAACGAAAUUUCGCCGGCCCUGAAUGUGCAUAGAAGGGAAAGCAUAGAAUUCGACGUUAAAGUGAAUAUCGACCUGGAUUUGAAUUAUGUGUAUAGCAAAUCGAGCAGGUCUUAUCAUCUACAACAUUGCGAAAGAUGUGUAAGAAGGGUAGGAUUUGAGUGUGAAUUAACUUGUGAUUGCUUUGAUGAGGGGAAAAUUGGCUUUAUUUUAAUAAUUUUAAUAAUAAUUUGAAUGAUUUUUUUGACCGUAUUUUUGGAUGAUUUUUCGCAUAAAGGUCGUUUUUUCAGCCGAGAGCCUUCCAAGACCGACAUGGGCAUCACUUCAGCAGAGAAUUAUCGACGAGACCAGUUGUAAGUUAUUUUGGAAAGCAACAUUUGCCAAAAUUUUUUUUACGCACUUUUUUGGAUAUUUUUGGGAAUUACUGUCACUUUUUCCAACUUUUGGGGACCUCUAAUUUUCACUCCAUUUUUAUUGUUUUUGGGACAUUUUGUUCUAGAUAAUAUUUUUGAUGACCAAAAGAAUUUUAUUUUUUUGAUGGAUUACUGUAAUGUUUACCCUCAAAAAUUUCAGGACCUCUUCUGCGGUCUUCAUAAGCCUUCUGAGGUCGCCGAUCACUUCCGUGGAUAUCGUUCGUGGGACGAAUCGAGGUCUCUAUACGACGGUAGACAUGUCCGAACGUUGACCACUAAUGAUUCGGAAUACCCAACAACUUUUUACGUCCGUUUCCCACCAAUCCCGAAAAACACCAAAAAGAGCUGCUAUUGUUAG